AUCUCAUUAGCAUUGGUGUCUUCUUACAAGCGCUCCUGUUUCAUACCAACACUUCCCUCUUCAACAACUCCUUCCAACAAAUCCUACACCUCUCUGCAAUGGCUUUUUCCCUCUGCUCCACCAAAUCCCUUUUCUUUCUCUUCUUCAUCUCGGCCAUUCCCCUGGCCUUUAUCAUCUCCCUUGAGCUGGCCAAGCCCACCACCCAUGUCUUCCACUAUCACAGUUCCGGUUUCUUCCGCGAAUGCGCCAAGUGGGACGAUCUUAACCGUCGAUUUAUCGUCUCAUUCUUAGAUGGUGGAGUCGGUGAAAUCCGAGUGCCUGAUGAUUACUCCUCCGAUACUGUUCUGCAGGAGGUUACAGUGGUGAAAGACGUUGAUGUUGCAGGGAACUCUUCGCUUGGUAUCGUCGUUGAUCAACCAAGAAAUCGGGUGCUCGUUGUGACCGCAAACGUCCUAGGGAACAAGUAUAGCGGGCUGGCGUCUUAUAAUCUGUCUACUUGGGACCGUCUUUUCCUUACUACACUCAGUGGCCCAAACGAUGAGGCAUCAUUUGCAGAUGAUGUAGCAGUUGAUGCAGAAGGAAAUGCAUACGUUACUGAUGCAAAAUCCAGUAAAAUUUGGAAGGUUGGGAAGGAUGGAGAAUUGCUAUCUAUUAUCAAAAACCCACUCUUCAUCUCGAAAGAGUGGUACAAAAACGUGGUUGCACUUAAUGGAAUUGUUUACCACCCAGAUGGAUUCUUGAUAGCCAUCCAUACAUUCUCAGGCAAUUUAUAUAAGAUUGACGUAGCCAAGGACAAUGAAGUCAAGUUAAUCAAAGUAAGUGGAGGCUCACUGUCUUUUGGAGAUGGGCUGGAGUUAGUGUCCCCAACUACGCUGGUGGUUGCAGGAAAUCCUUCAGGGAGAUUAGUGGAGAGCUCUGAUGGGUGGGAGACUGCUUCUGUUGUAGCCAAGUUUAAAGGGCCAGCGCAUCGGUUGGCCACUGCAGCAACUGUAAAGGAGGGAAAGGUUUAUCUUAGCCACAUGAUUGGUAUGGGGUAUCCUAAGAAGAAGCAUGCCAUUGUUGAGGCAAUCUUUUCUACUUGAACACGGCAAAUUAACUUGUUGUUUUGGAGUUAAUGUAUCGGAAGUUUUAGUUGUUUAUUUUUAUCCAUUUACAGAUCCACCAAUGAGCUUGACCAUUUUAAUUGACGAUGGAGGAAUUAUAUUGAACUGAAGCAUAUAAUUA